AUGGAGGAGACCCACAGGCUGCGUUUAGAGUACAGCCCCCAUCUAGAACCAUCGUUCGCUGUGCCACAGACGUGUCUGUUGUGGUUCCGCGAAGGCGACCGUAAGAACUGGAAGUUUCCGUACGCGAUGCCGGCUAUCGGACGGUUGGCCAACGGUCAGCAGUAUCUCUGGCGAAUGCACCCCCAGCGGGAUCGAAACUCGGUCCACCGAGAAGGCUAUUUUAGCCUAGAUUCGGUAGAGGCACCCGAAAGUGAAGAGGCCGUUCCGUCUGCCGAUCGAACACUGGUCGAGGUCGUGCCCAUAACGCAACCGAUCGCCGACUUCGAAUCAGUGUUACUCGAUGUCCGGUUAGAUUGUGCCGUGGUAGACACAACGCUACUGGUUGCCAAGGAUUGCUUGCACGUGCUGCUCCGUUCGUUUCUUAGUUUAUCCUUUUUCUGUCGCGGUGCGCGACUCGAUUUCAGCAAAAUGCGCCACAAAGGGCUUUGUGAAGCGUACGUAAAGGACACGACCGGGCCACCGACCGGUUACGGCUCGCUUGGAAAGGGAACGCGUAUCGAAAUCGGCCGCAUUCUGUACCAUUCCGUCCGGCACAAUGUGUGGCAGGGUAAGCGGCUCGGAGGUGUUACCGAAGCUCGUCAACAGUUGACCGACGCGCUGGUCACCAGACGGUCAUCGCUCCUGCUCGCCGGACCGAGCGGUACGGGAAAGUACACGAUGGUCAAAUCGUUGGCCGUGGACCACAACUACCCCCUGUUUGAGGUGCGCGGACUACACUUUAUCCGUUCGUUGCCCGGUGAAACGGAGGCCGAACUGCGGAAGAUAUUCCAGCGCUUGGAGCACUUCGAAGAGCUGAUCGACGACGGGCGGCCAAUUCUUCUGCUGGUGAAGGACAUCGAUAUGAUAUGCCCGAAGAACAGCGCCAAAAAGGGAGAGGAUUCGUCCAACAUCUCCCGCAUCGCUUCACAGUUCCUGGCGCUGAUCGAUCAGUACCUAGAGUCAUCGAGUAACCUAGUCAUAAUCGGCACCACAUCCUGCAUCGAGAACCUGGACCCGCGGCUGAGAAGGCCAGGUCGGUUAGUGAAAGAGAUUACACUCGGGAUACCGUCCCGCGAGCAGCGGAUCGACAUUCUGCGCUCCUUCGAAUCGGACAGCACCUUUACGCCAGCGCAGCUAGAAGAAAUGGCCCACCGAACGACGGGAUACGUUGGCGCAGAACUGCAGCUUCUUUACUUCAACGUGACCCGAGAGAGAGAUCGGCGAAACCUUUCGUUUCAGGACGCACUGACCGCGGCACAGCGGAAACAUCGACCGGGCGCACUCCGGAACGCGAUCGGAUUGGUCGGCGAGGAUCGGUCGCUGAACCUCGAUUCGUUCGGUGGCCUGCAGCAGCUAAAGACGUUGCUACGGUUGUGCGUCGUGCAGCAGCUGAAAAAUCCGGCCCGCUUCCGGCAGCUCGGUAUUAGCCCGUUGAAAGGCAUCCUACUGUACGGUCCGCCCGGGUGUGCCAAAACCACACUCGCCAAGUGCCUUGCGGCCGAGUCCGGCAUGACGUUUCUGUCACUUUCGGCGGCCGAGAUCUACUCACCGUACGUUGGCGAUGCCGAGCGGCUUAUCACGCGCGUGUUCAACGAGGCUCGCAUGAACGCUCCGGCCGCAAUCUUUUUGGACGAAAUCGAUUCCCUCGUGGGUAACCGGGGAACAGCAGGAAUGUCCGGAACGGGCGUGUCCGUCAACAUGGGCGUUCUGUCGACGCUUUUGCUCGAAAUGGACGGCAUUGGCCAGGCCGAACAAACGGCCAGUCUGUUGAGUGAGGAUGCGAAGCGGGUCGUAGUGCUUGCGGCCACUAAUCGGCCCGAUAUGGUCGAUGAUGCACUACUGCGACCGGGCCGUCUAACGAAACUGAUCCACAUUCCUGCUCCGGAUGAGCAAACGCGAGUGGAAAUACUCCGUAAGACCGGAGAGGCCACGCCAUUCGCUCCGGAUGUGAACUUAAAGCGGCUGGCCGAACGUACGGAGCGAUAUUCUGGUGCCGACCUUACAAAUCUCUGCUCACAGGCAGCAUUGGUGGCAGCAACGGAGAACCUUAGCGCAGCAGUGGUCACGAUGGCACACUUUGAAGCAGCACUGCAAGACGUCCGCCCUUCGCUAACACAGGAGCAGAUCGACUGGUACUACGCUUACGAGGCCAACAAGCGAACAUGAUGAGCUCAUUGCUUUAGAAAGGAUUCAAAAAUUGUAUAUUAAAAGGAACAGGACAGGGAAGGGUCAGUUUUAACCAAACACUUCAUCGGUAUCGUCAUCUUCGAAUGCUGGCUCAUGUGACAAGCGUUCCCGAAUCUGCUCGAUCUGCCCGAACAGCCUCAGGUAGUUCUCGCCCGCAAUUUUCCGUAUAUCUUGCUUUGGCCACGCCGGAUACGU